CGCCACAAGAGGCGACGCGGCUGCGCGCUGGACACGCGCUCUCGGUUGGAGAGAGACAGGGACCUAAUCAUAGCGCGGCGGAGGAAAGGAGCGCAGCUCGUCGCGUCUUUCCCCACGCGUACAUUGCGCCGCAUUGAGGAUCGUACAGUUAUAGAGGAACAGCACGAAUUACAAGGAACCCGGUGCGUAAAUCCACAUCAGAGGCGGCUUUAUUCUGCCUGCGCUUCAGGUCAUCUGCUGCUGAGGUCAACAUCAUCAGCACUUUUUAGAGGUAAAUUCUCAUCCAAGCAGGUCAAGUAGAGAUUCGGAUGAAGCCCCAUGAAAGCAUUAAACUCUUUGAACCAUGGAUCUUACGCUGAUAUAGGACACUAUUGGAGUAAAUCAGACAUCUAUGAAAUGUGUGGAUUCUUCUUUUGCAUUUAAGUCUAAAGUCACUUAAUUUAGGCAUUUUUAGAAAAUUGAUUUUAUCUUGUUUUCCUAAAAAUGAAGUUUACAAUUGUGCUAUGGACAACUUAUGAACGAUAAGUUGCUGGAGAAUCGCAAUGGAAUUGCUGAGACUUGUUUGCAGUUUGGUCCGAUAGCCGUUGAUGGUAAAACUCACCUCUGAGACUGAGAUUGCUCUGUAAUGGUCUUGUGAUUGGUCCUGCUUCAGUUUACCCUCUACAGAACCGAUCAGAGACCCAACAAAGGAGAAGUCCUAACUGCGUGUUCUUUCUCAAAUGCCCUCUUGAGGAACCACUGGUCUCUCCAAUUUCAAGAAAAUGAUAAAGAAUCCAUUGGAUUUAUAGAUUCAUCAAGUAGCAGAAGUCUCGCUAAUCUUUCCCAGUGCCAGGAGCUUUUCUCGAGUGUUCAAGUGGUUUAAGAGGAAAAACUUCAUCCCCAACACGUUUGUAACUUUUGCCUCAUGUAGACACGGUACGGUUUUAAAGAUGGCUCCUCGUUGGAGAUGUGGAGCUCGGAUUUUGACGGUCGCUCUGGGAAUUCUGCAGUGCUGUGGAUGGUCAUCUUCUCAGACCAUAAGGACUAACAUGGAGAUGAAAAGAGACGCUUUGGAGCACUCGCCGAUGUCUCACGAAAGGGUGAAGAGAGGUUGGGUUUGGAAUCAGUUCUUCGUUGUUGAGGAAUACACCGGGACAGAACCGCUUUAUGUCGGAAAGAUUCACUCUGAUUCAGAUGAAGGUGAUGGAUCUAUUAAGUACACAAUCUCUGGAGAAGGUGCAGGAACGAUCUUCAUCAUCGAUGAGGUCACUGGUGAUAUCCACGCCACGGAGAGGUUAGAUCGGGAGGAGAAGGCUUUUUACACUUUGCGAGCUCAGGCGAGAGGUCGACAGACUGACGCACCGCUCGAACCCGAGUCAGAGUUUGUCAUCAAAGUGCAAGACAUCAAUGACAGUGAACCCAAAUUUCUAGAAGGGCCUUAUAUCGGAAGUGUGGCAGAACUUUCUCCUAUUGGUACUUCGGUUAUGAAGGUUAUGGCAUCAGACGCCGAUGACCCGACGUACGGCAGCAGUGCCCGGAUAGUUUACAGCGUUUUGGAAGGAGAACGAUUCUUUACUGUUGACCGACAAACUGGACUGAUCCGGACAGCCGUGGCGGAUCUGGAUCGUGAGACACAAGACCGUUAUGAGCUGGUUGUCAAGGCAACAGAUAUGGCAGGACAAAUGGGUGGUCUUUCUGGCUCCACCACGGUGACCAUAGUGAUUACGGAUGUUAAUGACAACCCUCCACGCUUUCCUCAAAAGAUGUAUCAGUUUUCGGUGUCAGAAGGGGCAGACGUCGGGACGCCGGUGGGCCGGGUGAUCGCGACAGAUGCGGACAUGGGCGAGAACACGGAUAUGAGUUACCUGAUCAAAGAUGAGGAGGGGGGCGAACUUUUUAAAGUCUCCACAGACAGUGACACACAAGAGGCUGUGAUCACCAUCAAAAAGCUUCUGGACUUCGAGAGCAAGCGCACACAUAAUGUGGUCGUCGAGGCCAUUAAUAAACACGUGGACCCUCGUUUUGUGGAUCUCGGAACUUUCCGGGACCAGACAAUAGUGAGGGUCAGCGUGUCGGAUGUGGAUGAAGCUCCCGUCUUCUUUCCCUCCACUGGCACCAUCUUGGAAGUUCAGGAAGAUGCUCGGGUGGGAGCUUUGGUUGGGAUUGUAACCGCAAGAGAUCCAGAUAUGGAUAACGUUCCUAUCAGGUUCUCUAUAGAUCGGAUUACAGACCAGGAGCAGAUAUUUAACAUUGACCCUGUAACGGGUGCCAUUACUCUUGGAAAGAUCUUGGACCGGGAGACGGCCGGUUGGCACAACAUCACCGUCGCAGCGGUGGAAGCAGAUAACCAGUCCAUGUCGUCUCAGACCGCCGUAAGCAUCCGCAUACUGGACGUGAACGACAAUCCUCCCGAGCUGGCGACUCCUUACGAGGCGUCGAUCUGCGAGGAUGUCAAACCCGGCCAGCUCAUUCACACUAUCAGUGUUGUGGACAGGGAUGAGCCGCAGUCUGGACAUCGAUUUUAUUUCACGCUGGCACCGGAGGCUUCCAACAACCGGCAUUUUAGCCUGUGGGACAUCAAAGACAACACAGCUGGCAUUAAGACCCAGCGCUCUGGGUUUAACCGGCACGAACAGAACGUUUACCUGUUACCCAUCCUGGUGGUGGACAGCGGCCCUCCUGCCCUCAGCAGCACGGGAACACUCACCAUACACGUCUGCGGGUGUGACACGAACGGAGCCAUACAAUCCUGCAACGCCACGGCUUACGUCAUGUCAGCCGCGCUCAGUCCCGGCGCCCUCAUCGCCCUGUUGGUCUGCGCCCUCAUUCUUAUAGUGCUGGUUCUGCUCAUCUUGACCCUAAAGCGUCACAGGAAGGGUCAGCGGAUGUCAGAGGAUGAGGAGGACAUGCGUGACAACGUCAUCAAAUACAACGACGAGGGCGGGGGCGAGCAGGACACGCAGGCGUACGACAUGAGCGCCCUGCGGAGCCUCUACGACUUCCCCGAAGUCAAAAACUCUGACUCGGGCCCUGAACUUCGUUCCGUCCCCCAGUGGAUCCAGAACAGGGUGAACGGAGACGGAGGACCCGCCGACUUCUCGCUCUUUAAAGGAUACAUACGCAAGAAAGUGGAGCAGGCGGAUGCGGACUUAUCGGUGCCGCCUUACGAUUCGUUCCAGACUUACGCUUUCGAGGGCACCAGCUCGCCGGCUCUCUCUCUCAGCUCCAUCCGUACGCUGUCCACGACGUCUGAUCAGGACUUCUCUUAUCUCAGUGACUGGGGUCCACGCUUCAGACAGUUGGCUGGUUACUACGCCCCUGCCCAGCCUGAUGAAGAGGGGUCCUAGCAUCAUCUUCAUUCUCCGUCCUGUCGCUUAUCCUCCCGUUCUUACCGAACUUCUCUCUCGGGCCCGGUUCCUCCAAGGGUUCCUGCCCACAGUUACGCAGUGAGUCCAGAGAGUUUUAAAGUCACCUGAAACACUUUAAAAAGUGAGCGGAGAUGAGCCGAGACGCUGGGCAAACCUCCAACAUUCUCUCACCUGUCAGCGAGCGUGAGAGGAGAACGGGUCGUGCCAUAUGCACUAGAGCAAACACUUCAUGUUUUCUUAUUCAAAAUUCUUUGUGCUUUUCUUUCACCAUCUGUGGAGACAAACGACUUUUACUGACCGGCAAAAGGAUGAAUACAACAUGAAAAACUUUUUAAAUACCUACCACAAAAACGCAGCGAAAUAAAUAUGUAUUUAUUUAAAGAGAAACAAACAAACAAAGGAGAACAAUAUUUAUGUAUUUAUUGCUUUCUAUUUAUUUAUUUAUUCAUCAUGGCACUGAAGUGAAAUAAUCUGACCUGAUUUUUGAAAAUAUUGAAGAUAUUGAAGACAAGUUGAUGGAUAAACACAAUGUUUGUUGGAUAAAAAGUUUAUUGAAAGAAGAGUUGCGUGGACUUUUAAAAACUAAUGGUGAUGCAUUUAAGUAAUCCAGUCUUGAAAUAUUUGUAUUUAUUUUUUAGGAACUCUUUUGUAAGAUAUAAACUUAAUACUGGCAAAGAUAACGAAUGGCGUUUGGGAUAAAUCUCAUCUCCAGGUCAUAUUUCACCUGAAAAUCUAAAGAUUUUUUUAUUUAAAAUUAAUUAUAUUAAAAAUAAAGACUGUUUGUAGGUUUCAUAGAUUCACAAUUAAGCAAACACUGUAAUAAGUGAAAACUGGAUUAAAUAAAAAAUAUUUAUCAAUUUUUUUUUUCAACUUCAAUUUUUUCACUUUAAAAGAAAAGUUAAAAGGUUAAUUUUUUUUAAAUGUUAGCAAUUAAAGUCAUUUUAAAUGUUAGAGUAAAAUUAAGUUGAUAAAUGUUAAAUAUUUUAA